AUGUUCCUGCAUCGAAUUGGAUCUAAAACUGGCCGUGUGAUUAGCAUUGAUAGAAACACUAAAGCCAUGAGUAGAGGCCAAUAUGUUAGAUUCAUCUUUGAAGUUGAUGUGUCGAAACCCCUGUUAUCGAAAUUUAGAUUGAAUGGUAGGGUAUGGAGGAUCCAAUAUGAAGGAUUGAAACAAAUUUGUUUCAAGUGUGGGAGACUUGGACAUAAAGAACACAAGUGUUCAUUACAGAUUGUUGUAGAUGAAAAUGGUGAGCAACGUCUUCAGAAGAUCGAUGAACCACAAAACCAGGCUCAAGUUUGUUCUAGACCUGAGGAAAGCGAUCAAUUUGGCUCUUGGAUGUUAGUCCAGAGGACUAAUAGAAAGAAUGUGGCUAAGACCAAAGUUGAUCCGAAGAAGCAACCAGAGAAUAAUAAGUCCAAGGGUGCCGAGACUAGUGCUAAGGGGCAAGAGAAGCCUAAGGUUAAAAAGAAGCAGGUUAGGAACUCUAACCUUGGUCAGGAGGGUACAAAACAAAAGGAGGGUCCAAGCGGGUCAAGGUUCAUGGUCUUAGAUCAAGAAGAGGAUAUGGAAAUCAAUGAGGAAGAUCUCAAAGGCAAUCCUACCAAGAAUAUCUUGAAGGCAAAUGUCAACUCUUUGACUAAGGGAAGUGGCAAUAUUUUGAAUGGGGCAAUUAAUUUGGGUGAAGAUAUAUCUGUAGAAAGUGAGGAUAUUCCUCUACAGCAUAAAUCUCUCAAUGAGAUGGAAAUUGAUUUCGUAAGCCAAUCACCAAUUAAUUUAGCAGAAUCUUUGCAUAAAGAUAGGUCCUCCCAACUGAAAAUAAAAGAUAUGAAAUCUUCUCUCAAAAAUAAUCCCCUUGGCAUAAAUAAAAAAAUUGAUUUUCCUAAAUUUAAGGAAAAUAUUGAUCCUAAGAUUUCUGAUAAUUAUGGAAAAGAUAUUCUAAAAUCUUUUUCAGAAAAUCCGAAAUCGUACAGUCCUCCAGUUAUUCAUCCGGAUUUUUCCAUUGCUUCUCACACACCUACUGCCCUUCGAGACCAUUCAAACUCAUCGUCUGUGAAGCAAGAUAAAUUAUCCUCGAGUCCCAAUUACUUUGGAGAACCGAAUCCCCCCAUCAUACACAACGUUCAUGGAUUACCUGAAGGACGGACCAACUCAGGUUCUAGUCCAUCCCCUAGCGAACAAAGGUCAUCUCCAAGUGAGUACGUUCCUACCACCGAGACACAAUCCCCCGGAUAUGUUGUUCACAGUAGAAAUACCAAUGAAAACUGA